AUGAACAGACUUACACUAUAUUUACAAAAAGAACUGAAAUCCGAAGGAGGGUGGUACGCAAUUGCUCAUAUACUAAUUCGUCUACGGAAAUCUUCACAAGCAGAAAAUCUUUAUAAGAUCCUUCUCGACAAAUCAUCGUCCAAUGCAGAACGCAUGGUCUGCAACGAUGCGCUAGGAAUAGUGAAUCAUGACAUGGGCGACUACGCGAAAGCGCUUUCAUCCUAUCAACAAUCACUUGAAUUCAGGAAAAUAGCUCUUCCUCCAAAUCAUCCAGAUUUGGCUACUUCUUACAGCAACAUCGGUGCUAUGUAUGAUGUUAUGGGCGACUACACGAAAGCGCUUUCAUCCUAUCAGAAAUCACUUGAAAUCAGGAAGAUAGCGCUUCCUCCAAAUCAUUCAGAUUUGGCUAUUUCCUACAAUAACAUUGGUGCUGUGGAAGCCAUUAUGAGCGAAUACACGAACGUGCUUGUGUAUCUGCAAAAUGCUUUCAAUGUGGAGUGA